GCCGUUGCGGUUCCACGUCAAAAUGGAUCACGAAGUAUUGGAUAAAACAACAUCUUCAUCAUUAAUUCUACCAAAAGAUGACAAUAAAGUAGUGAUAAUAUCUCCUAGUAAUGGAAAAAUAUUAAUUCGUGAGGACACUGUGCUACAAGGUUGCGUGGGCUGUGGAAGAGCCCAAUUUACAUGUACGGGUAUCAAAAAGCAAUGGUCUGUUUUGUGUUGGGGCCAGCAGAUGGACAGGAGAUAUUAUUUAUUUUUAACACUUCUUUCGGCAACAUUUGCACUUAGCCUUAUAGGAGCCAUAAUCUUCUGUUUUACAAACACAAUCAACGAUGCUAUUUUAUCUAAUAUGGCGAUCCGAAACAACUCGAUCGCAUUCUCCAUGUGGCGUAGACCGACGGUGCGGCCUAUAAUGAAAGUUCAUCUCUUUAAUUACACUAACUGGGAGGACGUACGAGAUGGUAGAGCUAGUAAACUUAAACUUCAGGAUAUUGGGCCGUAUGUUUACUCCCAGCAGUUGGAGCGAGUGAACAUAAAAUUUGAGGGAGACAAACUUACAUAUCAAGAGAGGAACAAUUUUCAAUAUUUGCCAGAAAUGAGCGCUGGACCACAUUUCGACCAAGUGUUUGUUCCUAAUCUACCGUUAAUUGGUGUUAUUUCCAAAUCGCUGGAUCUGCCAAAUCUGAUUAAAUUCCCAUUAUUAAACGCAUUGCGGUUCACGAACCAUCAUGACGCAUUUCUCAAGUUACCGGUUCAUAGGUUCCUAUGGGGCUACGAUGACGACAUUAUAAACACAGCUAAACCGUUUUUGAGUUUAAAUGGAAAACUUCGUUUUGACAACUUUGGGCUUCUUGUUACGAAAAACGGCACCGUUUCCGACAGGCUGACGAUAAAUACCGGUGAGAAUGACAAGGACAAGAUAAAUAUUUUGGAAAAAUUCAAUGGUGAUACUAAAUUACCGUAUUGGGGCAGCAGUGAGUGCAACAGUAUUGAAGGAUCUGACGGAACAAUAUUCCCCCCCGCGAUGUUGGAUAGGAACAGAACAAUUUAUAUAUUUUACGGAAACUUGUGUCGGCGACUGCCUUUUAACUACGUGAAGGAUGUAGAUAUUGGCGAUGGAAUUGAAUUACUCCGUUACUCAAUGCCUCGAACAGUCUUCGAUGAUCCUGAUCACUAUUCACCGAAUCAAUGUUAUUGUGACAUUGAUACCGCUAGCUGUCCGCCAAGAGGAGUCAUUGAUAUUACCAGUUGUACUAUGGGUGCUCCAUUACUUGCGUCCUUCCCUCACUUCUACCUCGGAGACCCCAAACUCCGUGAGCCGUUUGAAGGACUGGAGCCUAAUCCUGAACUCCACGAUUCGUACCUUGAUAUUCACCCAACUCUGGGAAUUUCGCUUAGUGGAAAAUCGAGUUUACAACUCAACAUAAUUGUACGAAAAUCAUCAUUGAUUAGUACACUAAACUUUUUGGAGGAAGAAAUGAUUCUGCCAGUUGCAUGGAUUCAAAUGACGGUUGAAGAACUCCCUGAAAGCCUCCGAUCGCUCGUGUAUCACGGAACUUUCUCAACGGCGGCGGCUCAACUAGGAUUAACUGUAUUUUUCAUACUAACAUUGAUUAUUUCUGGUCUAUGCAUUCUCAUAAUGUUGGUAACUCGAAGGAAAAAGCCAUGCGCGACUGUGAAAAUUCUACCAAAUGAUGAGGUCAAACUUAGCUGAUAAUGCAUUUAUUUUGGGCUAGUGCUUUAGAUUACAUAUAGGACAACCAGAAUGACAUUGUCUCGGAAGUUUACCUUAUAAUUAAACAUAGGUAUUGUAACACAUUUUAAUUCCAUGUGCCAUUUCAAUGUUUAAUGUCCUAAUUGGUGUAAAUCCCCUUUCCCACUGAAUAAUACAUUUGAUUUUUCAAUGUACAAUUUUUAAUAGUAUUUGUUGUAUAAAUUUUUAUUUUCAAGGUAUAGUAAAUUGGCUGUGCCAGUUUUGCUUCAUACAUGACUACUUGGCACGAUACUACUUAGGAUUUCAUAAAUUUAAGUUCAUAUUAAUAAGACAGACAUUCCAGAAGUAACUUUAAUAUUUUGGUAAGAUGUUUAGAUUUUAAAAAGUUCUAUUUGGAGAUGAAAAUCUCUUUGAAAUAAAGCCUUGUUAUGUAAUAUUAUAUAGAUUUAAAAUUAACUGUUAUUGUAAUAUUCACAAACGUUUUUAUUGUGAAUCGAGGAAAAUAAAACAGCAAUCUCGUUGGCAGUUUGAGUUUCGACCAAAGGUCUUAACUUACGCGCUGUACAAAAAACAUGUUGCAUUUAAUAAAAUAAGAAUUUUUGUUAUUCGUAUAUUAAUAUUUACAUAUAAACAUUUAUAACAUAUAACAUUGGCAUUUUUAAAACAUAUGUUU